AUGAAUGAAGGCGAGCGAGUUAAGCGAGUAGAUGACUUGACAAAACUGCUAAUUCAGCUCAUAAACAAUAUGAGGGAGGUGUCUGAUGGCCUGUACCGGCACACAUACGAUAUAGACACAGAACUGCCGCAGAUCAACAAAACAGUCAUUAGCAAUAUAGAAAAAAUAGUGAAUAGCCUAAAGGAGGAUCUUUUUGUGUCUGAAGAGAUAGUCUCAUAUCUAGAAAACAAAGACAGCGAUGCAGGAAUGCUUCUUGAAUAUAUAGAAGAAAAGGAGCAGGAAAUGACAGAUCUAAAAAAUAAAGCAAACGGAAAGUCUAAAUACUUUAAGAUGCUUUACAAUGGAAUUGUUAAAUCUCCAGAUGCCAAAUAA